CGCAAAUCAAAUGCCUUCUUAAACCAUAGUUAAAAUGGUCUGCAAUUGUUUUUCUUUCGUAUUGCGUCCUAUUGCAUUGCUCCCUAGACAUAUUGCUUUGCUGUAGUUCUAUUGUCGUUAUUAUUGUCGUUCGGCUAUAUAUUUUGCCUUUCAGCGCUCCGAUUGGUCUUGCUAACCUAAUAAUAAGCCUAUGCCGCUUUAUAUCAAAGAUUUUGUCGAUCUUUUUGAUUGAAAUAAGUCGCAAACUGAAGUGGGUGCGAGGGAAGUCAUCUCCUGUAGCAUAGUCAAGUCGAGAUGGCAAAUCGAACGGUGAAAGAUGCACAUACGGUUCAUGGAACCAAUCCGCAGUAUCUUGUCGAAAAAAUCAUACGCUCGAGAAUUUACGAGAGCAAAUAUUGGAAAGAAGAAUGUUUUGCCGUCACCGCAGAAUUAAUCGUUGACAAGGGAAUGGAACUACGAUACUGCGGGGGCGUGUACAGUGGAAAUAUCAAGCCGACCCCGUUUAUGUGUCUUUUGCUAAAAAUGCUGCAAAUUCAACCGGAAAAAGAUAUCGUGAUUGAGUUUCUUCGGCAAGAAGACUUUAAAUAUAUCAGGGCUCUCGCUGCUAUAUAUUUGCGAUUGACAGCGUCAGCACUGGACAUCUAUAAGUAUUUGGAACCUCUUUAUAAUGACUAUAGGAAGCUUCGGUUUCAAAACCGUGAGGGCACUUUCGUUUUGAAUACAAUGGAUCAGUUUGUUGAUGAGCUUCUCACCGAAGAAAGAGCGUGCGACAUCAUCCUUCCAAGGUUGCAAAAACGUCAUGUAUUAGAGGAGUCAUCAGUUCUUGAACCACGCGUAUCUUUACUCGAUGACGAUAACGACGAUGACGAUGACGACGACGCUGAUGAAAUCGAGGAGGAGGCUGCAGCAAUGGAAAUUGAAAUGCAGAAAAUUGCAAGUCGUCGUCAGCAGAGAGAUCGAGAUAAUACUGCACAAGGUAACGAUGACAGGGCGCAAGAUCGACGAGAUCGCCGAAAGGACAACGCUCAUAACAACAACAAUAAUAACAACAGUGAGAAGGAACGCGAACGUGACCGGGAUCGAGACCGCCGCCAGGCGAUAGGUUACGACAGUCAAAGAGACGGUCAUCGAGAGACGGACCGCCGAAAGCGAAGUCGCAGUCGAGACAGAAGCCGCGAACGCCAACAGCAGCAACGAUCGUCGUCGCGAAAGGAUGGCGGGAGUGGUGGAGGAGGUGAUUACCAUCGAGGUGGACAUCAUCACAGGAGUGAUCGUGAACGGGAGCGAGAUCGUGGCGAUCGGAGGACCGACAGAGAAUAUGAAAAGGAAAAGGACAGGGACCGGGAUCGAUACGAGCGGGAUCAGCGGAGGGAUCGUGAAAGAGAGAAAGAUCGACCACGUGAGAGAGAGAGAACUUAUGGAGAUCGAGGGGACAGAGAACGCGGUGACAGGGAUCGAUACGAAAGGAAGCGAAGCCGAAGCAGAAGUCCCGAUCGAUACUACAGCAGAAAAAGAUAGAUAGAAACCAGAAAGACACACAAUUUUUCUUAAGAAAAUAAACAGAACUAUGUUUAUUUAAAAACGGACUACCAGGAGCACUGUAUCGUGGCCUUCUUACUCAAAUGUGCGUGUAUAUUAUACUUACACUUAAAACAUUAGACAAUAAAUAAAAUUAUUCGGAUAUGUGUAAAUAGACUUUUUCUCGUUAAUAAUAAACGUACGAAUAGUUUUUGAAAUUUUAAGCUGCAUUUGCAAAAAUAAACUGUUCCGCACAUCAUGCUUAUACAUAUCGUAGAAGUAUAUUGAAUUGGCCUGU